AUUGGAGAAGGGACGGCUACGGUUGCAUCAUAAUAACCGGCUGGCUGUCAUAUUACGAGUUAUUUAUAAACAAACACUACACAGCUCUCUCUGACGUGUUAAUACUUCUGUGGUUGAAACUAUUAAAUUCUCUGUGUAAUCGAUACCGGUAGAUGAAUCGACAUAUUUUUUAUCUAACGCCUAUACGGUUCGUGUUAUGAAAAGGAUUGUAAUGGUGCGUCUCUAAAAAAACAUUGGAAAAUUCGAGACCCGCAGUAAUCUAUAGCGGUUUAUCGUGCGAUAACAUAAAGUAGAUAUAUAAAGCACAGCUUUGCUCGACAAACCAUUCAUUUUUUAUCAGCACUGUGGGAGAACAUUGGGUGUGAAUAUAAUAUACUGAGUCGUAGAUUGUUAAUCAGUGACUUGCUGAAAAUUCGUUUGUGCCUUGUAUAACACUCUGACGAUCGUUUUGCUAGUAAAAUGGCUGGAUUAUUUUGUUGUCUUUUUGGAGGAUCGUCUCUCGGUUCAGGAGAUCACACAGUGGCCUUUGCACUUGCGAAAGACUAUGGAUACGUAAUUUUGGUGGCUGUUAUCUCCAGUUUUCUGCUGAUGUGGCAGGCUAUGCAGGUCGGCAAAGCACGUAAACAACAUAAGGUCAAAUAUCCAACCAUGUACGCCGCUGAUAAUGACGCAUUCAAUUGCUACCAAAGAGCUCAUCAAAACACAUUGGAAGGAUAUUCACAGUUCCUACUCCUACUCUUGUUUGGUGGUCUUGAUAUGCCGAUUUUCGUUGCCAUUGGCGGUCUGAUUUGGGUGGCUGGCAAAGUUUCAUACUCGAAGGGAUAUUACACCGGUGAUCCUAAGAACAGAAUGCGAGGAGCAUAUGCGUACAUUGGACUUUUGAUGCUUCUGGUCGCAACAGUGAAACUCAGUUUAAAAUUAGUUUUAUUUUCAUAGAUUAAUGUCCGUAGCUUUACGUUUGUAACGAAUAAAUCCUUGUUCUAAGAGGUUGAAAAAAA